GGGGGCCGAGCGGGGACCGGCCCGGGGAGAUGCUGUGCACGGCGGUGGUGAUGGCCGGGAGCCUGGCGCUCACCACGGCCGUGGUGGCCCACGCCUACUACCUGAAGCACCAGUUCUACCCCACCGUGGUCUAUCUCACCAAAUCCAGCCCCAGCAUGGCCGUUUUGUACAUCCAGGCCUUUGUCCUGGUCUUCCUGCUGGGCAAGUUCAUGGGGAAGGUGUUUUUCGGGCAGCUGAGGGCGGCUGAGAUGGAGCACCUCCUGGAGCGCUCGUGGUACGCGGUGACCGAGACCUGCUUGGCCUUCACCGUGUUCAGGGACGACUUCAGCCCCCGCUUCGUCGCCCUCUUCACCCUCCUCCUCUUCCUCAAGUGCUUCCACUGGCUGGCCGAGGACAGGGUGGACUUUAUGGAGCGAAGCCCCAACAUCUCGUGGCUCUUCCACUUCCGCAUUGUCUCGCUGAUGUUCCUGCUGGCCCUGCUGGACUCGCUGUUCGUGUCCCACGCCUACCACAGCAUCCUCACCCGCGGCGCCUCCGUCCAGCUCGUCUUCGGCUUCGAGUACGCCAUCCUGCUGACCAUGGUGCUGACCAUCUUCAUCAAGUACGUGCUGCACUCCAUCGAUCUGCAGAACGAGAACCCCUGGGACAACAAGGCCGUGUUCAUGCUCUACACCGAGCUCUUCACCGGGUUCAUCAAGGUGCUGCUCUACAUGGCCUUCAUGACCAUCAUGAUCAAGGUGCACACCUUCCCGCUCUUCGCCAUCCGCCCCAUGUACCUGGCCAUGAGGCAGUUCAAGAAGGCCGUGACCGACGCCAUCAUGUCCCGCCGGGCCAUCCGCAACAUGAACACGCUGUGAGUGCCCAACCUGCUCUGCCCACACCUCCCAAACCUCCCCAAACCUCCCCAAACCUUCCCACAACAUGAACACGCUGUGAGUGCCCCAACCUGCCCUGCCCAAACCUUCCCAGCCUCC